AUGGCAACACGAACGCACGAUGCGCUCGUGAUAGUUGCGCCUCGAGCCCCCUAUGAGAUCCAUCGUUACCCCACUAUUUCACCAGUAGCAGACGAAAUCCUCAUUCAUGUGAAAUGGACGGCGUCUACGCCCCUCGAUCUUCACCAAGCAGACGGUGGCCUCUUAAUUGAACCCCCUCAGAGAACGGGGUCAACCUCAGCCGGCAUUGUCGUUGAAGUCGGACCCGACGUGAAGAAACUGAAGGUCGGCGAUAGAGUAUUCGGCUUUGCGCAUCAGCAGCCGGAGUGGAAGGCUCAUCAGGAGUACGCGACGGCCCCUGAAUGGGUCUUUGGGAAGGUCCCUGAUGGGUUCUCGCUGGAACAAGCAGUAACGCUUCCCGAGAAUACCGUCACCGCAUUCAACACAAUCUCAGCUGACCUGGGACUACCGACCCCAUGGCCAAAGCCCGAAGGCUACGUGCCGCCUCGGGCCGACGACAAGAUUCUGAUCUGGGGCGCCUCGUCUUCAGUGGGACAACUCACCAUCGCAGUCUUGAAAUUCUACGGAUACCGUCAUGUAAUCGCGACAGCAUCGCCACAACACCACGAGUACUUGAAGUCGAAGGGCGUCGAAGAAGUCUUUGACUACAGGAGUCCGACCGUAGUUGACGACUUAUUGAAGACCUACCAACAAGGGGAUGCGCCAGCCUUCCCGCUCAUCGUCGAUUGCAUUGGCUCGCAGGCCGGUUCAAUCGAAGCGCUUUCCAAAAUCGCUCAAAACGGCGCGACUAUCGCGGUCAUGUUACCCGUUAUUCUGAAGCAUGCCACCGACGACGAAGCCCCUGAAUACUCAAUGGAUGCGAGUACUAGUGCCCAGUGGGCUGAAGGGGUGAAUGUGCGUGGAGUCCGGACUCAUUUCUACUGGAAGAAUGAACUCUUCAAGGAAAAGCUGCAGCUGGAGAUCAUACCCGCGCUCCUGGAAGCGGGCUACGUAACACCAAAUCGCUUCCGCGUAGUAGAAGGAGGUAACUUGCUAGAGAGGGCUACGAAAGCGUUAGAUUUAAUUCGGAAAGGGGUGAGCGGAGAGAAACUUAUCUGGAGGGUAUCUGAGGAAUGA